CUACUAGAGAAGUCAGACCUUCAUGCGGUGCUGGCUGAUAAGCUUCAAGCAGAAAAAUAUGACAUGCAGAGCAGGCAUGAGAUCAGUCCAGGACAUGAUGGCACAUGGAAUGAUGCUCAGUUGCAGGAACUGGCACAGCUGAAGAUAAAGCAUCAAGAGGAGCUGACAGAGCUGCAUAAGAAACGUGGCGAGUUGGCCCAGUCUGUAAUUGAUCUGAAUAACCAAAUGCAGCAGAAGGACAGAGAGAUGCAGAUGAAUGAAGCAAAGAUUGCAGAGUAUUUACAAAAGAUCUCUGAACUGGAAACAGAGUGCCAGGAAUUGCGUAGCAAACUGCAAGAUCUUGAGCGAGCUAAUCAGACACUGAAAGAUGAAUAUGAUGCUCUCCAGAUCACCUUCAAUGCCUUGGAGGAGAAACUGAGGAAAACUACUGAAGACAACCAGGAGUUGGUCUCGCGUUGGAUGGCAGAGAAAGCACAAGAAGCCAAUCGUUUGAAUGCAGAAAAUGAAAAGGAUUCAAGGAGACGACAAGCCAGGCUGCAGAAGGAGCUAGCAGAAGCUGCUAAAGAACCCCUGCCUGUUGAACCGGAUGAUGAUAUCGAAGUGCUUGCAGAUGAAACCUCUGACACAGCUGAGGAGACGUCUCCAGUGCGAGCUGUCAGCCGAACAUCCAGUAAGCGACUCUCCCAGCCAGCUGGAGGCCUUCUGGACUCUAUCACUAAUAUCUUUGGGAGACGUUCUUUGUCCUCAUUCCCUGCUCCCCAGGACAACGUAGAGCCACAUCCAGGUGCCAGUAAAGAAGUGAGAGUACCCACUACUGCCAUAUGUGUCUUUGAUGCACAUGAUGGGGAGGUGAAUGCAGUGCAGUUCAGCCCUGGCUCCCGGUUACUAGCAACAGGAGGCAUGGACCGGAGGGUUAAGCUUUGGGAAGUCUUGGGAGAUAGGUGUGAGCCCAAAGGUUCCCUCUCUGGUAGUAACGCUGGGAUUACAAGCAUAGAAUUUGAUAGUGCUGGUUCUUACCUCUUAGCAGCUUCAAAUGACUUUGCCAGCAGAAUCUGGACGGUUGAUGACAAUCGAUUACGGCACACCCUGACAGGUCACAGUGGCAAAGUUCUGUCAGCCAAGUUCUUGCUGGACAAUGCACGCAUUGUUUCAGGAAGUCAUGACCGGACCCUCAAGCUCUGGGACCUCCGCAGCAAAGUUUGUAUAAAAACAGUGUUUGCAGGAUCUAGCUGCAAUGACAUCGUAUGUACUGAGCAAUGUGUAAUGAGUGGACAUUUUGAUAAGAAAAUUCGUUUCUGGGACAUCAGGACCGAAACCAUAGUAAAAGAACUGGAGCUGCUUGGAAGAAUCACAGCUCUGGACCUGAACUCAGAGCGAACAGAGCUUUUGACCUGUUCCCGUGAUGAUCUACUAAAGAUCAUUGAUCUGCGUGUUAGUGCUGUCAAACAGACAUUCAGUGCCCAGGGAUUCAAAUGUGGCUCUGACUGGACGAGAGUUGUGUUCAGCCCUGAUGGUAACUAUGUGGCUGCUGGUUCAGCUGAUGGGGCCCUUUACAUCUGGAAUGUGCUCACUGGGAAAUUGGAGAGGACACUAGCAAAGCAUCACAGUUCUUCCAUCAAUGCAGUCGCAUGGUCACCAGCAGGUGCCCAUGUGGUCAGUGUGGACAAAGGAAACAAGGCUGUCCUGUGGUCUGAAUUCUGACUGGAUGGAGGGUGAAAGGCAGAGCAUCUAACACCUCUGAGGAUGGUGGUGCUGGUCCGUGGCUGAACAGAAUGGAGACCUGAGCCCAGAUUCAUCCAGAGUCGGGAUAUUUACCAGCGCAUGGGCUUCACUUCCCAGAGGAAAGUUCUAAAGCAAUGGAGAAGGAGCCUGAGUCAGAGACUUCUUUUUGCCGUAACUGCACUGUGGCACUCGGACUCAGCAAGGGAUUAGCUGCUCUGGAUGGAGAAUGCUACUUAGUCAUGCCUUUACAUGAAGUAUCUAUGCACCAAGUGGAGCUGAAGAUACUAAUGGGAUUCCUCACCAGUCAGCUGUGCCAAAUACCCUGUCACACAAAUGUAUCCAAGCACCUCUGAGUUGGGAAUGUUGGAAAGAAGUUACUGUGUAUGCUGACUUAAUACAUGUCCUGUCUCCUGUGUUCUGUUCUUGUGGCCUAGUUCAGGCAUGGGGUGAGAAGCUCCUGAAAUGUGGAGAGGUCCUAAGUAGCCUGAAGUGUUGGAACAGCUUUUCAAGAGUCUCUUCUGGCAGCUCUGCCUUUGAGUUACCAGCUCAAUUCAGAUCUGUUCUGAUUCUG